UCUUUCGUCUAGAAACGGCACAGCAGGAUUUCUGUCUGAGCUCAGCUGCGCCUCACUUUACACGGGACUAACACCGGUCUGGACUGCACGAGGACAAACGCGAGGGACGGUGUGCGCUGCUGAUGGACCCGGGGGUGAGAUAGCGCUCAUUACCGAGUCCAUCUCUCCAUCCUUCCCCCUGUGGUCUGACGGACACACGCACGCUUCUUCUUUUCAUUUUUUUCCCUUCCUUUUCUGAUGAUGUAAGUGUUUUUGUGACAAGAAGACCGAGUCCACUCACAUCUUCUGCGCUCAGGAGCCCACGUCCACGAUCAGCUCCGCGGGACGUUGCGCACUUCUCCACUGGUUGUUCCCUGGGGGUCUGUGAGAGGUGGUGCAGUCAUGUGGCAGAGGAUCCAGAUUUGCUGCGCACUGUUUGCGCUGUGUUCAGCGGCACCGCCUGCUCACAUCAACCGCCUGGCGCUGUUCCCUGACAAGAGCGCCUGGUGCGAGGCCAAGAACAUCACGCAGAUAGUCGGGCACACAGGAUGUCAGCCUCGCUCUAUUCAAAACAGAGCUUGCCUGGGCCAGUGUUUCAGUUACAGUGUCCCCAACACGUUCCCACAGUCCACAGAAUCCCUGGUGCACUGUGACUCCUGCAUGCCGGCCCAGACGCAGUGGGAAGUGGUGACUCUGGAGUGUCCCGGCAGUGAAGACGCUCCUCACGUGGACAAGCUGGUGGAGAGGAUCUUCCACUGCAGCUGUCAGUCCUGCAGUAAGGAAGGCGCCCAGGAGGGGGCGGUGAUGCAGCUGUAUCCGACAGACAACGGCCUGGACGCCGCCCCGUCUUUGCCCGACGCCCUCGCCGGCGCUCAGUCUCACCCUCUGCCCCACUCAGACACACACUCCAACAACAAGCACGCUCACGCACACACAGACCAUCACACACUGCCACACACAUCAGAGUAGGCCUGUCUGUCCGUCUGUCUGUCUGUCUGUCACUCUCCUCCACACUGCAUCGUCUGUAGUAAUAAAAAUAUUAAUAAUAA